CUUCACAAAUGUAAUCGUCAAGACUGCGUACAGAUAGUUCCCGACUUUCUCGUAAAAAAAUCGGAUUUUUGCAAAUAGCCAUUAUGCUGUACGAGUACUUUCUUAGUCAAUCCAGUCAACAUAAUAAAUUUUCGUUAUAUAAUAGCCAUCAACCAGAAUAUGAUUUGCUAGCGAUGUUGCUUUGAGUUUAUUUGAAGUUCCGAAUGUAGAAGAUAUAAAAGGGCAGAUUUUUGCUUUUCCUAAUCUCAGUUUAGUUUAUUCUUUCAAAAAACUCUAUAUACUUGCAAUGAAGUACUUCGCUGUCGUUUUGUUGUUAGUCGCAGCUGUUUCUGCUGACGAAUGGACACCCAAAGCUCUUCCAGACCUGCUUGCAGCCCGUAAAGAAUGUGUGUCGAAAUUGAGUGUCCCUACAGAAACACUGGAACAAUACAAGACAUGGAACUUCCCAGACGAUGAGUUGACCCGAUCAUACAUUACAUGCAUCUUCAAGGAAUUCGGACUUUUCUGCGAUCACGAGGGUUUCCACACAGACCGUUUGAUAACGCAAUUCCAAACUGCUCACGGUGUUGACAUUAAACCGAAGAUCGAUGAAUGUGUUACCAGAACCGAUGCCGAUACAACCAACGAAAUCUGGGUAUUCAGAGCAUUCAAGUGCUUCACAGCUCAACACUUUUCAUUGGUUCGUUCUCAAUUGACCAAGAAGACUGAAUAAACUGCUAACUGAUUCGCAUUUGUUCGGAGAGUGGUGAUGAGAAAGGUACAAUAAAAAUGACUGUUAAUUCUG